AUGCUAGGUCACGUGGCAGCUAGACAGCGGGAGCUGCACCGCGCCGCGCAUCUCGCCGCACCAGCCGCUGCUGCCGCCGUUGCGCUGCUGCGACACACCCAGCUGCUCACGUCGCCGUCCUUUUCCCCACCACUUAUCACGCCUCGAGAUGCCGCGCCUCGCUCUCCAUCGGCGGGGCUGUCCGUAUUCAACGGACCGUACGGCGGCGUUGCCUCUCCCGCAUCAUCCGCAGCUUCUCGUGUCGAAUCGAGCGCGAUCAACGGCGCGAUCAGCGGCGCAAUCCACGGCGCAGUUAACGGCGCAGUGAGCAGCCCGAUCGACGGGUCCCUUAAGAGAUUAUUCUCGAGCUUAGCCCCGAGGCGCGGUCUCUCUCCUACAAUCACCCACCACAAACCCUCCUCCACGUCAUCAUCCAUGUCAUUCUCGCCGCUGAUUGGUCCCAGCAAUCGCCCCUUCCAUAGUGGCAUCCCCACCGCUCGCAAUGGCUGGGGUUUCGGAUCUGAUGACACGUGGCAGAAUUUGGGAACAUCGUCAUCCUCUCUGACCAAUUGGGGCGUGCGAAUCGUCCCCGAGAAAAGCGCCUUCGUUAUAGAGCGAUUCGGGAAGUAUUACAAGACUCUAGGUUCCGGCAUUCACCUACUAAUUCCGUUAGUUGACCGAAUCGCGUACGUGCACUCGCUGAAAGAGGAGGCGAUCCCGAUCCCCAACCAAUCAGCGAUCACCAAGGAUAACGUCAGCAUUCAGAUCGACGGAGUGCUGUACGUACGGAUCGUGGAUCCGGUGCAAGCAUCGUACGGUGUGGAGCGGCCGCUGUACGCAGUGGUGCAGCUGGCACAGACGACCAUGCGCAGCGAGCUGGGGAAGAUCACCCUCGAUAACACUUUUGAGGAACGGGAUAUUCUCAACACCAAUAUUGUGAGGGCGAUCAACGAAGCCGGGCAGGCAUGGGGCAUAGAGUGCCUGAGAUAUGAGAUCCGUGACAUCUCACCUCCUCCUGGAGUGCGGGCGGCCAUGGAGAUGCAGGCUGAGGCGGAGAGGCGGAGGCGCGCUCAAGUUCUGGAGUCAGAGGGAGACAGGCAGGCGAACAUAAACAUGGCAGAAGGGCGCAAAACGGCAGUCAUCCUCGAAUCAGAGGCCGCCAUGUCAGACCAGAUGAACCGAGCCAAGGGAGAGGCGGAGGCGAUAGUGGCAAGAGCGAGGGCAUCAGCAGAAGGCAUUGAUGUGCUGGCCAGAGCGCUCAUGGCUGAAGGCGCCACCCAGGCCGCCAGCUUGCGAGUGGCAGAGCAGUAUGUCGCAGCCCUGGCGAACCUGGCGAAGCAGGGAACGACAGUGCUGCUGCCGAGCAACGUGGGUGACCCGUCCUCCAUGGUGGCGCAAGCACUCGCCAUCUAUAAGACCGUAUCCAGUUCCCCUGCAGGUGUGACUGUACCGAGCACCCCUACAGAUGUGACUGUAUCCGGUGACGCUGUAACAGGUGGAGGGGCAAGUGAGCCGAGGAAAGCUGGACUCGUAGGGUUGCAAUCGCAGGAGAGGGAUAGAGAGGUUGGGGCUGCGAGCAGGGAGAGUGGUAGCGAGGCGGUGGAUGGUGGUGGGGCUGGUAAGCAUACUCCCGUGGCGAAAGAUAUUCCCGCAGCUGAUCAAACUCCUGCAUCGAUUUCCUCCAAGAGAAAACAACCGGCUCCUGCUGCAUGGCGUCACUCGACUGACUCUGCCGCGGACAGAACGUCCGAGCCAAGCCAGGCAGUUUUGGAUGGUACAGCUACCGUUAAGUUGCCAUUUUCAGCGGAAGCCGUUUUACAGAAAGGCAAGACGAACGCGGCCCUCUCCUCCGAGACUGUUGAUCUAGGAUCAACCGACGCGUCCGCGGCUGUGGGGGGGGCUCCUGCGGGGAAGCCCGUGCUUUCAGUUAGGGAUGCCAUUAAUCAGGCGCGCGCCGCUAAGAGCCAGUUGAAGCAGCACGCGCAGGGCAAGGCCGGGCGAAAGGCCCCCAAGGGCGGUAGAAGAAGGACCCGCGGAUCCUCGCGCGCCUCUGGCGGAGAUACCGACAGCGAUGACGAGGAGGAGGCGGAAGAGGCGGAUGUGGAGGAGGAGGACGAGGAUGUGGAGGUUCAGGAGGAGGGGGGUUCUAGAGGGGAUUUGAUUUCGUGCCGUGGUGGACCUUCCGGUUCAGGCGGAGAGCAUUCCAGCGGCAAGUCGUUUCAGGAUCUGUUUGCGUCGCAGACUGACCAACGGCAAGUCCUUCUGGCGCUGCCUGCACGCGGCGCGUCGCCUGUGCUCCAGCUCCCACCUCUUCCCGCCCGUGCGCGACCCAUGCCGCCACCUACCCCAGAUGCACCGUCACCCAUGCAAACCCCCGCUGCCCUCCCAGGUUCUUACAACAAACGCCAUGCCCCCGAUCUCUCUACACCGCCAUCCGCGUUAGUAUCAGCCCCUCGUUACACUCUCCACCAAUUUCGCGACACUUCGCGCCAUAAUGUCCCCAGACCGCCUCCGUUACCACCUCCACCGGUCUCAACCCUCCUCCCGCCUUCCUCCACCGACCUGCCAGUCCCAGCAGAGUCCGUUCUUGAUCUUCUCUCCGUCUACUCUUUCCUUCGCUCUUUCAGUCUUCAGCUGUUCCUCAGCCCGUUCACUCUAGACCAGUUCUGUCACGCCCUCACCACCCCGCGCGCCAGCCCACUAAUAGACAGCGUCCACGUGGCGCUCCUGCGUGUGGUGGACUACGAUCCUUCGUCAGCAGCGAUGGGAGAAGGCGGCGGAGGGGGCGCGGGAGGCGCGGGGGGCGCGGGAGGAAUGGGAGGUGCGGGAGGGGUGGGACCAAAGAAGCAGGACGAUUGUGGGAGUCUGCAUCACAGGGAGCUGGACAAAGCAUCUCUGGAUGAAAUCACCUGGCCGGAGUUUCUCCUCCUCUUCCUCUCCUCCCGCUCGUCCUCCCGCCUCAACAGCCGCAGGCUCGGCCACUCCGCCCUCGCCUCCUGCGACUACUACCUCCUCCCCGCCUCCACUAAGAUCGACUUCCUCUCGCUCCUCUGCGACGAGGCUUUAAGUAGCGGCGUGAGGGUGCGACUAGAGAUAGAGCGCCGGCAGGGGGAGCUAGAAAGGAGGUAUGCGCUGGCAGGGGUUGGUAUGGAGGAGGAAGAGGAGAAUCUCGAGGAUGUGCUUGCUCCGGUGGAAAGGCAGGGGAGGAGGAGGAGGGGUCGGAGGGGAGGAGGAGGUGAGGAGGAUGACGAGGGGGAUUAUGGGCAGGUGGGGUAUCAGAGCCUUGGGAUCUCCGCACUCGCUGCUGCUGGGGUGCCGUCGGGUAUGGCAGGGUUAUCAGUGGUUGGGACAGGUACCGGUGGUGUUGCUGAGUCAGCAGGCGCGGGAGAUGAGCUGGCAGACGGGAACGCGGACGAGUGUAAGCUAUGCGGAAUGGACGGCAAUCUGAUCUGCUGCGACGGCUGCCCGGGCGCGUUUCACUCCCGCUGUGUGGGAGUGGUGGCGGCAGCACUGCCGGAUGGGGACUGGUUCUGCCCGGAGUGUGACAUGAAGCGGAGGGCGGGCGAGGUGCUGGGGGCGGUGGUGCCCGAGGGGAUGAGAGGGGAGCAUCUGGGGGAGGAUCAGCACGGCCGGGUUUACUAUGGCUCCUGCGGCCGUGUUGUUGUGUCGGAGGAGCGUCACAAUGGCACCCACGUGGUGGCAUAUUACAGCCCUGCAGACAUCCCCAGCCUGCUGCACUAUCUAUCCACCCUCGGCCCUGCCUUUACUGCUGUCCACGAGGCUGUUGCGGCGUUUGUUCGCUCAGAACUGCCGCAGCUCGAGUCACCUGAAGACAGUGUGGAGGCACCUGAAGGGGAUUCUGAGGCAUUUGAAGAUGAUGUGGCGGUACCUGACGAUGGUGUAGAAGCACCUGAGGGUGGGGUGGAGGCACCUGAGAUUGAACCUGAACAGCUGCACGGCGCAGCUGACGUGGAGAUGCGGGACGGGGAUACUAAUGAAGGGGAUACUAAUGAGGUAGAAGAGGUAGGAGAAGGAGCUGCUGUUGCUACAGGUGAAGAUGACGGGGAUCUAGCGGAGGUUAAGGCGGAGGAAGAAGCUACAGCCGAGAUAAUGGCGGAGGAAGGGGAUGCAGCCGAGAUGAAAGCGGGGGAAGGGGGUGCAGCCGAGAUGAAAGCGGGGGAAGGGGGUGCAGCCGAGAAGAAAGCGGGGAAAGGGGGUGCAGCCGAGAUGAAAGCGGGGGAAGGGGGUGCAGCCGAGAUGAAAGCGGGGGAAGGGGGUGCAGCCGAGAUGAAAGCGGGGGAAGAAGCUAUAGUCGAGAUAAAGGGGGCGGAAGGGGGUGCAGCCGAGAUAAAGGCAGAGGAAGGAGGGAUCGUUGAGAUAAAGGGGGGGGAAGGAGGGAUCGUUGAGAUGGUCACAGCAGAGGCGGCGGAGGAGGAUGGAGAGGAAGAGGGAAGACGGGAGGGGGAAAGACGGGAAGGUGUGAAGGUAGAAGAGGGAGCGAAUGGGGCUGGAGAGUGUUGUGUAGAUGGGAGUGCAGGUGGGGGCGCAGAGGGUGCAGAGGGAUGUGUGGAUGUGAGUGCAAGAGCGGGUGCAGAGGGCUGUGUGGAUAUGGGAGCAGGUGGGGGCGCAGAGGGCUGUGCGGAUGGAGGUGAGACUGAGUGCGCAGAGAAGGGUUCAGACAACGGUGCAGACGGUGUUUCUAUUGGGAGCGCUUGGGAUCUGGCAGACGAGGCUGUAGGGGACGAGGCUGUAGGGGUUGUUUCAGAAAUGGUUGGGGCCGCAGAUUUGACUGAGACAGCAGAGGCGGCGGUUGGGGCGGAUACGGUAACUGCUGGUGAUAUAGGAUCGGGGGUAGGAGGGAGUGGCAAGGCACAAGGGGCAGAAGUGGCAGAGGCAGGAGAUGGUGGAAUGGCAGAAACAGGAGAAGCAGAAGCGGCAGAGAUAGGAGAAGCAGAGGCACAAGGAGAGGAGGAUCCCAUGCAGACGGACCUCUCUUUUGUACUGAAGGAGUCUGAACAGCUCUUACCAGCAGAGGAAGCGACGGUUGAGGUGCAGCCAGGGGCAGGAGAGGAGACAGCAGACGCUGCAGGAGAAGGCUCGAAGCCGGGAGGAGAGCGGAUUGCCCGGGUGGUGGCGAGGCUGUGGGAGAGGCUCGGCGUGGGUGCUGCUGGGGAGGUUGCAGAAGCUACUCCUGCUGCUGCCACUGGUGCUGGUCCUGCUGAUGGCGAGGUGCGGAAGAGCCUGUCUCAGGCAACAGCAUUGAACGGAGUGGCAUCACAAGAAGCCUUGCAGGCAGAGCAGGCGAAACAUCAAGCACAGCAGGCAGAGCAGGCGGAACAUCAAGCACAGCAGGCAGAGCAGGCGCAGUGGGUAACGAGGGUGGAUAAAGCAGAGAGGGCAGAGCGAGCAGAGCGGGCGAGAGAAGGAGAUCUUCUAGAGCCGUACACGAACCGCUACGCCCUGGGGGAGGUAUCCUCAGCGCUAGCCCUCGAGCUCUGCUCCGCAACCGAAGCAGCCGCACAGGAGGCGGAGAGGAGAGGCACAGGAGGCAGUAGAGACGAGGAGGACUCAGAGCACAGAACGAGGCGGUCUGGGCGGCGGUCUAAGGGGCUUAUGUCAGUAACAGAGCAGAUGAGAGUGUUUGCGAAGUGCAUGCCUGCUGGGUACUGGCCGAUGUAUGCCAGUUUCUCCGGCCGGGCUGGGGCUGCAGGGGCAGCAGGGGCAGCGGGAGCAGGGGGUAGAAGCUCUGCUGCGGCGGCAGCGGCAGCGGCAGCGGCAGGGGCGGGUGUUUUCAAGGAGCGGUGUGGUUGGUGUGCGCACUGCCAGGCGGCUCAUAGGAAAUACUGCCUGCUUGUCUCCGCUGCCCGUGCUGCCUCUGCGACUGCCACUGCUGCCGCGGCUGUCGGGAACGUCCGGGCUGCUAGUCAGCGCAGGCUCGGGGGAGGUCUGGCGGGAGGCUUGGGAAAGGGAAGAGAAUUGGAGGGGUUUGGUGUGGGGGGAGGGGUGGGGCUGGGAGGGGUGCGGGGCAUGAAGGGGGAGGAGACGUCAAGAGAUGGGAGGCUGGAUGCUGUAGUGACACGGUUGAUGUACCUGGAAGGGCAGCUGCACCCUCUGCUGGAAGGCCCUUGGAACGAUUUCAACUGGCGCCAGCACUGGCGGCAGCGCGCAGUGCAAGCCACUACUCUACUCCAAGCGAAGCAGCUUAUAAAGGAGGUGGCUCGUUCCCUACGCACCGUCGCCCUCUCCUCCCAUUGGUCGGCGGAACCAGAGCCACCCGCUCCCCUCCCAACCAGCCUCCCGUUACAAGCACACCCAGAGCCUGUCACCCCUGCUGCUGCCCCGCGCCUCUCUGGCCGAAGGCGGAAGUCUCAAGGAGGGAGAGGAGGGGCAGGGAGUGUGUUUGGAGGAGGGGGGAGAGGCGGGGGAGGAGCAGGGGCAGGUUCGAUAAGCACUCCCCUUUUCCCUUUUCCCCUCCUGUCUGCCCACUGCCCUUCCUCCCAUCGAUCUCCCUCCCUCGUCUCCCUCAUAGGGGCUUUCAAGGAGCCUCAAAGGACGCCUCAAACCUCCCCUUGGCUCCCACCUCCCGCCCUCCUCCCACCCACAGGCGGCUUCAAGAAGCUCCCAGGGCUGCUGUACGGAGUGCCAUUCGCCAGCCAGCGAGGGGUGCCAGUGCGAGCAGAGAAGGUGGCGUGGGAGGCGAGGGUGGAUGCUGCCCGCUCCGUCGCCCACCUGGCCCUGCAGCUGCGAUCUCUUGAAGGGCUUAUGUUACUAUGCGGCUUCAAGAAGCUCCCAGGGCUGCUGUACGGAGUGCCAUUCGCCAGCCGGCGAGGGGUGCCAGUGCGGGCAGAGAAGGUGGCGUGGGAGGCGAGGGUGGAUGCUGCCCGCUCCGUCGCCCACCUGGCCCUGCAGCUGCGAUCUCUUGAAGGCCUUAUCCGAUUAGACCAAAUCAACACCGCUGCCGGUCCCCCCGCUGUUGCCGUUCCUGCCGCUGCCGCCGCUGCUGUAGCUUCUGCUGCUGCCGCUGCACGUGCCGCUGCUGCUGGUGGUGGUGGUGCUGCUGUUUAUGGGGAUGGUGAUGACGUGGAGGAGAGCUGGGUCUCGUUGUGUGACGUGGCGUCGCGUGAUUCGUUCGUUCUGGAUAAGGACUUUCGGCCGCCGUUUGUGAAAGGGAGGAGGUGGAAGGCGGAGAGGGGGGUGGAGUAUCUGCUAGUUGUGAAGAGUGAGGAGGAAAGGGAGGAGGGAGAGGAUGAGGAGGAUGGGGAAGAGUGUGACUCGGAAGAGGAGAGAAAGAGGAAGAAGAAGAGGGCGAGGGAGAGGUUGAGGGCGUGGAGGAGGAAGCAGAGGGAGGUGAUUGAGGGAGUGGGGGCAGGGGCCGGUGUCAAGGAGAGGAAAGGGAAGGCUUUGGUUAAACAUGAAGUGGAAAAGAUCAAAGAGGAGACGGUUAGAGAGGAGGUGGUUAAAGAGGAGUUGGAGACGGUUGGAAAGGUAGAGGCGAAGACCAGGGGGAGUGAAAGGAAGGAGGAUGUGGAAGUGAAGGGAGUGGGAGUUAAGGAGGAAAGGAAGGAAGAGGUGAGGGAAGUAGCGGUUCAGGAGGGUUUGGGGGCAGAGAGGGAGGCAAAGCGAGUGAGAAGAGGGGAGGGGGGGGAAUGGGAGGCAGGGGGAGGAGGGGCAGUGGGAGGGGAGGGAGGUGCAGGCGGAGAAGACGAGGAGAAGGAUCGCUGUAACGCCGCUGGUGAGAGCGCUGGUGGAGAGGCGAACGCUGACGAAGAGUUGAACGUUGAUGACAAGGUGAACCCUUGGAAACGAAGGAGGAAGGCAGGUGGGAAGGAGGGGAAUGUGACUGCAGAAGUGGGGGACGCUGGGGAGGGGGCACCUGGGAAUAGAGAGGCGAAUGAAGGAUGCACAGGAGAUGAAGAUGGAUGGGGAGGGGAUGGAGAGAGGAUGGAGGAGGUAAUAGGAGGUGGAGGCGGAGGGAGUGGUGAGAAGAUCACAGAUGCGGUGGAAGGGGAGAGGGGAGGGAAGGACGGAGGGAAGGAGGGAGUUAAGGAGGUAGGGGUGCAAGGGGAGGGUAAGGCAGGGAAGAAGCGUAAGCGGGAGCUGAAGCCUCAAAUCAUUCCUGAGGGCAGCCGGAGAGUGACGAGAAGCCGAGUGAAGGAGGAGGAGGGCGGGGCGAAGAAGGGCGUGGGAGAGAAGGGGAGAGCUGAUGCAAAGGCUGCGGUUGAGGAUGUGGUGAAGGGAAGAAAAGGUGGGGUGAAGGGGGGUGUAAAGGCAGGGAAGAAAGGGAAGGAAGAGGAGGAAGAGGAGGAGGAGGAGGAAGAAGGUGUGGUGAUGGUGAAGGAAGAUGAGGAGGUGGAGGAGGUGGAAGCGGUGGAGGAGGUUGGUGAGGAGAAAGGUGAGAAAGGGGGAAGGGGAAGAGUGGAAGGGGGCAGAGGGAGGAGUGUAGAUGUUGCUGAUAAGAACAAGUUGCGGCUUGUGGAGAAACAGGAGAAGGAGACAGGGGAGGAAGGGCAUGGACAAGUAGUAGGGAAGGUAGAGAGGAAGAUUGAGAAAAUGAGAGAAGUGCAGGAGGUAGAGGAAGCAGAAGAGAGUGACGAGGAAGGGCAAGAUGAUGACGAGGAGGAGGAAGAAGACGAAGAUGGGGGAGUGUGGGUGCCAGAGAGGCUAGUCCCAUUGGAGCUGAUCCGAGAGUUUGAGCACCGGAGGAGAACAGAGAUCUGGGAGGAGCAUGCUAAGGUAGUCAGAGCAGAGAGAGAGGCAGCCGAGGCGGCCGCCAGGGCUGUUAUUGUUAAGUACAUGAGGGAGAAGGUGCGGGCGAUGAGGGAGAGACGAGAGCUGAUGGUGCAGGCAAUGGUGGCUCAGUGUAGAGAGAUGGAGGGGAGGAAGCGGCGGGGGAAGGAGAAGCAGGGGCAGGGGCAGGAGCGGGAGGAGAAGCGGAAGCGGGAGAGCGAGAGGGAGCGGGAGCGGGAGCGGGAGAGGGAGGCGAGGGAGCAUGAGAAGGAGGAUCGGCGGGAGCGGAAGGAGAGGGUGAAGGAGGAGAGGGAGAGGGAGCGGCAGCGGCGGUUGGAGGAGAGGGAGAGGGCGAGGAGGGAGAGGGAGCAGGCAUCAAUGACGAGAAUGUCACAGGUGGUGGGGGCGGAGGUGCAGGCGAGAAUCGUGGCGGAGGCACGGGGGAGAAUGCAGAGGGAGAUGGAGGAGAGGUGUUCUGCUCUGUAUGCUCGACUGGUGGCUGUGAAGAGUCAAGCAGGAGGUGCAGGAGGAGGAGGAGGAGGAGGAGGAGGAGGAGGAGGAGGAGGAGGAGGAGCAGAGGCGGUGGUGGAUCCGUGCAGGGUGUGCACUCGAGGGCUCGUUGGUGAUGGCGCGAAUCAGGUCUUCAUAUGCGUUUCCUGUAAAGUCGCAGGAUAUUAUUUCGCCUCAGGAAAGGGCGAGAAGGAGAGACCGGAGGGAGAGAGGGGGCUGCAGUUGAAGUAUAUACCGUCAGGGUCAGGGGGGAGGAAGGCGAUGGGGGUGCAUGGGAUGGGGGAGGGAGCGGGAGUGGCGUGCCGGCUGUGCAAGGAGGGGUAUGAUGAGAGUCGCUUCUACGUCGCCUGCAACUUCUGCGAUGCCUGGUUUCAUGGUGAUACAUUACAGCUCGACGAAAAGCUCGACAUCCCCAUCCUGCUCUACCUCAAGUGCAACCGCUGCCGUAAGAUCGCCAACAAGCUGCAUCCCUGCCGUCCAAACCACGUGGACCCCUUGGAUUGGCCGCCACAUGGCGCUGCCGCCCCUGCUCUUGACGAAACACCAGCAGAAGUGGCAGCAGGAGGAGGAGCAGGGGGAAGGGGAGGAGCAGGAGGGGGAGGGGCGGGAGGAGGGGCAGGUAAGGGAGGGAAGGCGGGAGGAGGUGGAAGAGGAGGGGGGAGGAGAAAAAGCAGCAGGGGAGCUGGGACAGUGGAGCAGUCUCCUGGCUAUCCUGUUGGUGUUGCUGGUGGUGAGGCAAUGAUGGGUCAGGCCACCGGAACAACAGUGACUGCAGGGAACGCGGUAGCACCAGGUGUGAUUAUAACGGCAGAGAACAUCGACCCUGAUUCGUUCUUCGACUCGCAGCUGACAGCAACAGGUGAUGGGAUGGGUGGGGCCGCCUCAGUUGAAGCCCCGAUUGAAGCGCCGAUCGAAGCCCCGAUGGAAGCCCCGAUUGAAGCCCCCCCGAUGACUCCGGGGCAGCUGGUAGCCAUGAUGGAGUCUCUGCUGCUGGCGCGGGGGUUUGACCCUGCGAGAGCAGCGGCCGUGGCAGCUGGCGUGAGGGAUGGGGACCCAAGCGCUGUCGAGGUCGUGAACGCUGCUUUCAGUGCCAGCCACGAGUGUGGGUCUGCUGAGCUGGUGGGGGCAGAGCAGGUGGGGUUGCAGGAGGGUAUUGGUGCAGGGCAGGCCAGUUUGCAGCAGGGAGUUGGUGCACGGCAGGCAGGUUUGCAGCAGGGGGUUUCUGCCUCAGUGGAUGGUGCUGGUGGUGUGGGGCUGGGGAGAGUAGAGUCGACUGGGGCGAUGGGAGUUGGAAUGCAGUGGGAAGGGAAUGAGGCAAGCAAGGAUGCAAAUUUGCCUGUGAUCCAGGGCGUGGGAGAUGGCAUGGUGCUCGGCAGUGAUGGUACUCUGAUGCAUAAUGGUGCCACUGAUAGUGGCAAUGCACCUCUUGGUGGUGUGGGGCAUUUGUCCAUGUGGAAUCAGUGGGGACAGUAG